UCCUCUCUUUAUUUCCUUUAGGUUCUGAGGACUUUUGUUGAGUCCUCUCUACAAAUUGAUGAGCAAGGCAGCUUCCUUCCAGCCAUCAGAUGUGUACCUAUCUCCGCCCUGAAGUACCAGACAGUCCUCCAGGCUCUGACCCAGGAAGGCAGUGGAGUAGAGCCAGCCGGAACUUAACAAUCAUCAGCAACCAUAAACAUUUGAAUAUACACAGAAGAACCCAGAAAGAUGGAAGAGAUACCUUCUAUUCUUCCUUCUCAGAGCUUCUGCUCAGCGAAGGUGAUAGUCUGGAGGUGCUCAGAGCCCAAGAGGAAUGGGAAGCCGUGGAAAAUAUUCAGCCAGGAGCAGGCCGCUGGCAGAGCCCAGACAGACCCGGGCAGCUGAUUUCCUUCAACGAGGCCCUCCAGCACUUCCAGGCAGCUGACCUCUCCAUUUGCAGGGAGAAGGUCCAGUCAGCAGUUUCCCGGAGAGGGCUCUCUGCUCUCUUUCGCUGCCUCUUUGGGCCCCCCCAGCUGCGCGAUGGCCUGCAGGAAGAACGAGAUUUAAUCCUGGCCAUCGCCCAGUGCGGCCUAGAUCACGAAGACCCUGUGCACAGCCGUGUCCUUCAGACCAUCUAUAAGAAGCUCACGGGUUCCAGAUUUGACUGUGCCCUCUAUGGAGCCCACUGGGAAGAGCUGGGCUUUCAAGGAUCAAACCCAGCCACAGACCUUCGAGGGGCAGGCUUCCUGGCCCUCCUGCAUCUGCUCUACCUUGUGAUGGACUCAAAAACCCUUCUGCUAGCCCAUGAAAUUUUCCGGCUUUCCCAGCACCACAUCCAGCACUUUCCCUUCUGCGUGAUGUCGGUAAACAUCACUCGAAUAGUGAUCCAGGCCCUCCGGGAAGAGUGCCUCUCCAAGGAAUGUAAUCGGCAGCACACGGUGAUCCCUGUAGUGAAUAACCUGUAUGCAGCCACCUUCCUCCGCCUUGCCUACGUCUGGAGGACACAGCAGAAAACCAUUCUAGACUCCAGCUUUGUUCUUAAAGACCUGGAAAUACUGGCCAAAAAGAAUCCAAAACAGCUGCUCCGGAACCUGGACGCCUACUUGACCAAAGGCACCGAAGGGCUGUCUCUGAUGGAGUUGUCAGGAGCACAGAAUGUCUCUGGGUCAGACGACAACUACCCCAAGAACCUCACCUUCACAGGAGUAUGCGACCUACAGCUGGACACAACAGAGAGAGUGCAGGCUGUUUGACUCCAGAGGCCCCACGAUUUAGAUGCCAGAGCUUGGAGAUCCUGAGGAGCCCAUGCAGGCCAUCACCUCGGAAUAGCUUGGUUAGGCCUGCUCAACCCUUUUCUCUAUUGGUGAGGUAUAGCUUUUAGAGGGAGAAUCCUGGCCUGGAGACCCCCCGGCUGUGGGUCAGAUCCAUGGGAUGCACAGGCAUCCAAACUUAGAAAUGGCCCCACUCCAUGGAGUUUAUAUGCCCAGUCCUGCUUCGAAAUUCGGCAGAGACGAUGGGUGGAUUUAAGCUUUGCUUUGCAGAAUAUUUGUGUGAAGGAUGGGGAGAAUUGAGGUAAGAGACAUGAACUUAUGAUCAAGAACAGACCAACAGAAGACUCAUUCCCUGGGCAUAAGAGCUUUCCAGGCUCUCAUUGAUUAGGAGCAAAAUUAGUUUGAGCCUGAAGAGAAGCUGUCUAGAAGAAAAGAAAAAAGGUAGUAAUAGCAGCCACCCCAGGAAACAGCAGCAGUCAGCAGAAGCCUGGCCCAAGGGAGGCUUGCCUGAGGGCACCUUCUGCUAUUCUGUCUGUCAGGGCUGAGCGGCUCCUCCAGGCUGACGGCCCCUGCCCCUGUGUACCACCCCACGACUGCCACCUUUGGGGUUCGGUGAUAGUGCUACAAAUGGUCAGGCGGGGGAAGGACCAGCGUUCGCACGAGCAGUUUUCAAAUAAAAAAUGAUUGUCAAAGUUUUA